GUCCCAACUCCCAACCUCUCUCCAAGAGGCGGCAUUUUUUAUAUUAAUAAAAUAUAAUAAUUCAUCCUAUUCAACAAGAACAGAACAGAUCCAUUCUUUGUACAGUCAGUCAAAAAUUUUUUGUUGAAAAACGAAGGUGAAAUAGUUGACUUUGGAAAUCAACUACCUCAGAUAUAAUAAAUAUCAGGAAGGAGGGAAAGAGUAAUCAUGGAAACAAGUAGAAAGAAGAACAUGAUCACCACAAGUAAUCACCUCCGUCAUGUUGAGUCAAUGGCGCAUCUUCCUUCCGGCGCCGGAAACAUACCUGAACUGAAUGCCGUAAUUCUCGGCGAAUCACUUGCUUCUGAAGAACAUGAUCUUAUCUUUCCCAGCGUCAGCUUCUCCGAAAAAGCAAUCGUUCCUUCUCCUCAAAAGUACUUGGAGAUGUACAAGAAUUCGAUAGAAGAUCCUGCUGGGUUUUGGUCUGAUAUUGCUUCAGCAUUCUAUUGGAAACACAAAUGGGGUAACCAGGUGUACUCCGAAAAUCUUGAUGUCACAAAGGGGAAGAUCUACAUUGAGUGGUUCAAAGGUGGUGUCACCAACAUCUGUUAUAAUUGCUUGGAUAAAAAUAUAGAGUCUGGGAAUGGUGAUAAAAUUGCACUUCUUUGGGAAGGAAACGAGCUUGAUGUUGAUGGAUCAUUGACUUACAGACAACUGCUUGAGAGAGUUUGUCAGCUCGCAAAUUUCCUGAAAGACAAUGGUGUUAAAAAGGGUGAUACUGUAAUUAUAUACUUACCCAUGAUCAUGGAACUGCCGAUCACCAUGCUGGCAUGCGCUCGUAUCGGUGCCAUUCACUCGGUUGUUUUUGCUGGAUACUCGGCAGAAUCACUUUUUCAAAGAAUUGUGGACUGCAAACCAAAAAUUGUGGUAACUUGUAAUGCAGUUAUGAGAGGGAAAAAAAUGAUCAAUCUCAAAGAGAUUGUUGAUGCUGCACUUUUUGAAUCAUCUCAAAAUGGAAUAUCUGUAGAUUCAUGCUUGACAUAUGAAAAUGAAUCAGCUAUGAAGAAGGAAGAUACUAAAUGGCAAAAGGGACGAGAUAUUUGGUGGCAGGAUGCUGUUCCUAAAUGCUCUACUACAUGUGACGUGGAGUGGGUUGAUGCAGAGGAUCCACUUUUUCUGCUUUAUACUAGUGGAAGCACCGGAAAGCCCAAGGGUGUCCUGCAUACUACCGGAGGAUACAUGAUAUAUACUGCAACAACAUUCAAAUAUGCAUUCGACUACAAAGAAUCUGAUGUAUACUGGUGUACAGCUGACUGUGGUUGGAUCACUGGUCACAGCUAUGUUACAUAUGGACCUCUGCUUAAUGGGGCGACAGUUGUACUUUAUGAAGGGGUUCCAAACUAUCCGGAUGCUGGACGUUGCUGGAACAUUGUUGACAAGUAUAAGGUGACAUUAUUCUACACUGCUCCUACACUGGUGCGGUCUCUUAUGCGUGACGGAAAUGAGUAUGUUACUCGUUAUUCUCGUAAAUCUUUGCGGGUCCUUGGUAGUGUAGGCGAGCCGAUCAACCCAAGUGCAUGGAGGUGGUUUUUCAAUGUAGUUGGAGAUUCAAGGUGCCCCAUAUCAGAUACCUGGUGGCAAACUGAGACAGGGGGAUUCAUGAUUACUCCCAUACCUGGCGCGUUCCCUCAGAAACCUGGUUCUGCCACUUUCCCAUUUUUUGGGGUUAAGCCUGUGAUAGUGGAUGAGAAGGGAGUAGAAAUUGAUGGCGAGUGCAGUGGUUAUUUAUGCAUUAAAAGCUCCUGGCCAGGGGCAUUCAGGACUCUCUAUGGUGAUCAUGAGAGAUAUGAAACAACUUAUUUUAAGCCGUUCUCUGGUUAUUAUUUCAGCGGCGAUGGCUGUAGUAGGGACAAUGAUGGAUAUCAUUGGCUCACAGGAAGGGUUGAUGAUGUGAUUAAUGUCAGCGGACACCGUAUUGGUACGGCAGAAGUUGAAUCAGCUCUGGUUUCACAUCCGCAGUGUGCCGAAGCAGCUGUCGUAGGUGUUGAGCAUGAGGUCAAAGGGCAGGGCAUAUAUGCAUUUGUUACUCUGGUGGAGGGUGUUCCAUACAGUGAAGAUCUCCGCAAAAGCCUUGUGCUUGUGGUUCGAAACCAGAUUGGAGCAUUUGCAGCUCCGGACAGAAUUCACUGGGCACCCAGUCUUCCUAAGACGAGAAGUGGAAAAAUAAUGAGGAGAAUUCUGAGGAAAAUUGCCUCUAGACAGCUUGACGAGCUUGGGGAUAUAAGCACACUGGCAGAUCCAAGUGUUGUUGAUCAGCUCAUCUCUCUGGCUGAUUCCUAAAUCUGCGGCCUUGUUUGAUUGAUUUCUUCUUAAAAACAUCACAGAACCUUUUAGUAGUUCAUGUCAAAUAUUUUUACCAGAAAAUGUGUAUCAAUAAACGGUGAGUGGUCCCAUGAGUGUUUACACAUGUCUUCCGUGGACUUAUACCUCCAGUCACAAUACAUCUAUAGGUAAUAUGAUAUCAUUUUCUCAACA